CAAGGGUAGCCCUGGGCCAGGAUUCGUGCUCCCUGUAGGUUUUGUUCCUGGGCAGGCGUUUGCAUUGACUGAUUGUCGUAAAUUGCGUCUCACCGAUGCUACAGGAGCUCGUCUUGUCAGGCUUGUACGCUUGCGCAACUUGUGGCCCUCUGCCCGUGUAACUUGGGCCGGAGCCUGGUCAGAAGCAUCAGCCGAAUGGCUCAGCCUACCAGCUGAGGAUCGAGUUAAAGUAGGCCUUGUCAAAGGAGAUGGAGAAUUUUGGUGA